GGACCUUCUGCUGGUCUCGACAUUUCUGACUUGUCAACUCCACGACCCCAACAUCAGUGGUUCGAGGUCUCUCCCGAAUCAUCUUCCUUGUGAAUUUAGAGGAUGGGAUCACCCAAUCGAGUUUGGACAGCAUGGCUAUUUGUGGUUUGUGUUUACUGGUGCUUUUGUUCCAUGGAGAGGAACAAAAUGUUUGUGGAGCCAUCUCAUAUAGUGUAUGAAGAGCUUCAAUCUGUUUCACCUGCCUUGGUAAAUGACGAGUUAAAACCAAGAUAUCACUUCCGAUCCGCUAGAAAUUGGCUCAAUGAUCCGAACGGGCCUAUGUACUACAAAGGCAUCUACCACUUCUUCUACCAGUACAAUCCAUACGGUUCAGUGUGGGGCAACAUCGUGUGGGCCCACUCGGUCUCCACGGACCUGAUCAAUUGGAAGGCACUCGCCCCCGCCAUAUACCCGUCGGAACCAUUCGACAUCUACGGGUGUUGGUCGGGCUCCGCUACUGUUCUUCCCGGCGACAAGCCCGUGAUCCUGUACACCGGCGUCGACCCUGAGCAACGCCAAGUCCAAAACAUCGCGUUCCCCGCCAACCUAUCCGACCCUUACCUCCGGGAAUGGACUAAGCCGGACUACAACCCAGUGAUACCCCCGGAACUUGGCGUCAACGCCAGUGCCUUUCGAGACCCAACAACGGCGUGGUACGCCCCGAACAAGCACUGGACUCUGGUUGUAGGCAGCAAGAGAGACAGAAGAGGCAUGGCGAUCUUGUACAGGAGCAAAGAUUUCGUGCACUGGAUCAAGGCGAAGCACCCGCUGCACUCCUCUAAGGAUAUCGGCAUGUGGGAGUGCCCGGACUUCUUCCCGGUGGCGGCGAAGGGAAGGCAAGGGUUAGACACGUCUGCGUGCGGUGACGGAGUGAAGCAUGUGUUGAAGGUUAGCUUGGACGCGACGAGAUACGAGUACUAUACUCUCGGGAAGUACUUCCAUUAUAUGGAUAAGUACGUGCCGGAUGUAACAUCGACGGAUGAUCAUACUGGUUUAAGGUAUGAUUACGGGAACUUUUACGCCUCCAAGACGUUCUAUGAUCCUGCUAAGAAAAGGAGGAUACUGUGGGGUUGGGCGAAUGAAUCGGACAGUGCGUAUACCGACAAGGACAAGGGUUGGGCAGGAGUUCAAGCAAUUCCAAGAUCUAUCUGGCUAGAUGACAGUGGACGACAGCUUGUCCAAUGGCCAAUUGAGGAGUUCGAAACCCUUAGAGACAAACACAUCUUUGUCAAGAACAAGAACAUCCCAAGUGGUGGUUUCUUGGAAAUUAAAGAAAUACAAACAGCGCAGGCGGAUGUGGAGGUGACGUUUGAUGUUGCAAGUCUAGAAAAGGCUGAGGAGUUUGAUCCAUAUUAUGUCGACGAUGCUGAAGCAUUCUGCGCCAAAAAGACAGCAGAAACCAAGGGUGGGGUUGGGCCAUUUGGACUGCUGGUUUUGGCCUCAGCCAACCGAGAAGAGAGAACUGCUGUCUUCUUCAGGAUCUUCAAAGCUCAAAGCAAGUAUAUGGUCCUCAUGUGCCAUGAUCCUACCAGAUCAUCGAAGAGGGAAAGUACAUACAAACCCACUUUUGCCGGCUUCGUUGACAUCGAUGUUACAAAAACAAGAAAGAUAUCUCUUAGAAGUUUGAUUGAUCACUCUGUUGUGGAGAGUUUUGGAGCCGGAGGCAAGACAUGUAUCACAUCAAGGGUUUAUCCUAGUGUGGCUAUAGGAGAAAAAGCUCAUCUCUUUGUGUUCAACAAUGGUGCACAGGAUGUGAAGCUCUCCGAACUGAAUGCAUGGGAGAUCACAGAACCGGAAAUGAAUGACGAAAUCAUUUACUGAAAUGUUAUUUCAUAAUGUUGUUCACCACAAGAACAUCUUUAUCACCAAAAUAAAAUGUUCCCUUUUUUUUUAUGAU